UCAAUGGCCACUCUUCUUUCAUCUUCUACAUCCUCUCUCCUCUUCUCCAAUCUCUCUCCUCCAUCUCUCUCUCCCAUCUCUCUCUCCCUCUCUCUCUCUUUCUCUUCCUCUGCUUCUUUAUCUUCUUCCAUCUCUCUCUCAUCUCUCUCAAAGAGACUCUCUCUCUCUUCAAAGAGACUCUCUCUCUCCUCAUUCACAGUCAAUGCUGCUGCUGCUGCUUCAGAGAAGAAGAAAGUGCUGAUUGUUAACACCAACAGUGGUGGUCAUGCUGUAAUUGGCUUCUAUUUUGCUAAACAGCUUCUGGGUUGUGGUCAUGAUGUCACCAUUCUGACUGUUGGUGAUGAGAGUUCUGAUAAGAUGAAGAAGCCUCCAUUCUCAAGAUUCUCUGAAAUUGUGGAUGGUGGUGGUAAGACAGUAUGGGGUGAUGUUGGUGCAAUUGGAACAGUUUUGGAAGGAUUGACAUUUGAUGUUGUUUUGGAUAACAAUGGCAAAGAUUUGGAUGCUGUCAGGCCAGUGGCAGAUUGGGCAAAGAGUUCAGGUGUAGGACAGUUUUUGUUCAUCAGCAGUGCUGGAAUUUAUAAGCAAACCGAAGAGCCACCACACGUUGAAGGGGAUGCCGUCAAAGCGGAUGCGGGUCAUGUUGCAGUAGAGAAAUACCUCUCGGAGGUUUUCGAUAACUGGGCAAGCUUUCGCCCACAAUACAUGAUUGGUUCUGGCAACAACAAAGACUGCGAAGAGUGGUUCUUUGAUCGUAUCGUGAGGGGAAGGCCAGUUCCGAUCCCAGGCUCGGGUAUGCAACUAACAAACAUCUCCCACGUUAAGGACUUAUCGUCUAUGCUAACAAAAGCAGUCGAGAAUCCGACUGCUGCAAGUGGGAAUAUCUUCAACUGUGUCAGCGAUCGAGCCGUGACACUAGAUGGAAUGGCCAAAUUAUGUGCUAAAGCAGCAGGUUUGCCGGUUGAGAUCGUGCACUACGAUCCAAAAACCAUUGGAAGUGAUGCAAAGAAAGCUUUCCCUUUUCGCAAUAUGCAUUUCUAUGCAGAACCAAGAGCUGCAAAGGACAUUCUAGGAUGGCAAAGUGCCACAAAUCUACCUGAAGAUUUGAAGGAGAGAUUUGAAGAGUAUGUGAAGAUAGGGAGAGACAAGAAGGCCAUGACAUUUGAUAUUGAUGACAAGAUAAUAGAAUCCCUGAAAGUACCCGUAAGCGUCUGAUAAGCCAAAACAGGAAAGUCUAUGAGUUUAUGUUCAGUUUUCUUGCAAAUGUAAUCGGAUUAUUAUGUGCGACCCAUGUUCCAUUGCAUCAAUAGGUGUAAUCUCUGGUAAAUUCAGUUAAUUGUUAAGUGUUUAUUUUUACUGUAAUAUGUAAAAGAGUGAAUCGAGCAAUGGAAAAUACUUCAACGUAACCUAAA